ACUUGGAUGAUGUCAUCAGGGCGCGCCUUCUCGGCGGCUCCUUGUUUGCGGGAGGUGUGAGCAGGCGGUGGCGUGAUGGGGCUGCCGGUGACCGCUGUGGUGCGGACGUGUCUUCCCAGGUUUAAGCCUUUCAACAGGUUGCAAAUCACACUACGACACUUAAGUAUGACUGGGCCUAAGGAUUCUUCAGCUGAGGUUCUGUUUGAAAAAAGAGGGUGUGCUGGCAUUAUUACCAUGAACAGACCAAAGGCUCUGAAUGCAUUUACUAUUUCCAUGAUUCGACAGAUCUAUCCCCAGUUAAAGAAGUGGGAGCAGGAUCCUGAGACUUUCUUAAUAUUAAUAAAGGGAGCUGGUGAAAAAGUGUUCUGUGCUGGGGGUGAUAUAAAAGUUAUUACUGAAGCAGGAAAAUGUGGAGACAAAUUAACAGAAUAUUUUUUCAGAGAAGAAUACACAUUGAACAAUGCCAUUGGCACCUGCAAGAAACCAUAUGUGGCACUUAUCGAUGGAAUUACAAUGGGUGGUGGUGUGGGCUUGUCUGUCCAUGGGCAUUUCAGAGUUGCUACAGAGAGGACUGUUUUUGCAAUGCCAGAGGUAGGAAUAGGUCUUUUCCCUGAUGUGGGUGGAGGCUAUUUCUUACCAAGGCUUCCAGGGAGGCUAGGCCAUUUUCUUGGUCUUACAGGAUUUAGGCUGAGAGGAAGAGAUGUCCACAAAGCAGGAAUUGCAACUCACUUUGUAGAAGCAGAGAAGAUGGCUGCUCUCGAAAAAGACUUGAUAGAAUUAAUAUCCCCCACAAAAGCAAAUGUUGCGGAUGUUUUGGAUUCCUAUCAUAAGGAGUGCAAACUAGAUCAAGAAAAAGAAUUUAUCCUUGGUGAACACAUGGACAAAAUUAACAG